AUGGAUAAGCUUUGCGGAUCGUCGUUUUGGGAAAGCUCGUUAUCGUGGUACACGAAUGAUUCCGCUCCAGAUGUUACUAUCUGCUUCCAACAAACGGCGAUCGCAUGGCUUCCUGCUUUGUUCAUAGGGCUCGUUACUCCGCUGGAGCUCAAGACCCUACGUUCGCUCUUCUCGCAGCCUGCCAAGCCUGCCAUUCCCUGGACCUGGCUGAGUUUAGGCAGGACGGCGUUGAACGUAGCUAUACUCGUAGUAUGUCUUCUCGAAUUUUCUAUCGUAAUGCUGGGGUAUGAAGAUCCCGAGAACGAAGAUAAGAAGGUUCCGCUCGUUUACAUUAUAACCCCACUCGUCAAAUCGACAGCCGUGUUUCUCGUCCUACUCAUCAUGAUGGCCGGAAGGAAAAUAGGCCGACGCAACACUGGCGGGCCUGUUUGGUUAUUCUGGUUCAUUUCAUUUGUGUGCGGCUGUAUCACGUAUCAAACACUAAUCAGAUCUUCUAAAACUGGCCACAUUUUUACUUACGGUCCAACGGCUUUCCGAACUGACAGUGGCCUGCUGGACAUUGUUGUGUCCUUUUUUACGGUUUACUUCUAUUUGACCACAGCUAACCUCAUGCUCCUUAGCUUCGUCGACCCAGCGCCGAUUCGAGAGGACGAAGACACUCCUGAAGAUGAACUCCAAAAAUACAGACCAGAUAAAAUCGCUUCGUUUCCGUCACAGUUACUUUUUUCGUGGGUGACGCCACUCAUGUACAAGUCAUUGAGCGAACCUAUUAAGCUCAAUGACUUGCCCCACAUUGACGAGGAGCUCCUAAUACAAAAUGCUUUUAUGGAGUUCAAUGAGCGCCAUGUUCGAGACAAAUUCGGAAACCGAAUCGAAAUGAAAGAGCGGGGCGUCGUUGGGGCUCUCUGGCGAACAUUUGGGGGGCUCAUUCUAAAAGGGUUGUGUUUUAGCCUUGUCAUUGACCUAUUCCAAUUCACACAACCUCUUCUACUCGACGCAAUGAUAACCUCAGCGGACUUAGCGAAAGCUGGCCAAGCUACGUUUGAAACGUCCUGGAAGGGGGUCUUCUACGCGACACUGAUGUUUGGUGCGGUCUCUAUUCAAACAAUUACCAUCUCCUAUUAUAUUUACCAUAUGCAGAAUAUCGCGAUUCGUGUGCAAGCGGCUUUGAUGUCCGCUGUAUACAGACACGUGUGA